AUGGCCUGCCUGCGCAAAUUGAAGGAAGAUCUAAAGACAUUGGUGGAAUUGUUCCCCAGUACUCAUGAGCGCUUACAGGUUGUUGUCGCCACCGUUGAUGAGAUUUCGAUCCGCUUCUGCGACAACAAUGGCAUGUCCAUCGUGAUAAACGGAAACAUACAGGAAAACUAUCCUCGUCAGCCGCCGAUCUGGUUUUGUGAGGAGGAAAACCACGCGGUCGCCGAGUCACUGGAACGCCUAUCAGUCGAUGAAACGUGUACUAAUUUACUCUAUCAGAUUCAUCAUCUGUGCGCAGAUUUGUGCCGAAUCUAUGGACUGACGAAUCCGAUCGAGCUUCAGCGGAUCGCCCCGCCUGAUGAGGUGGAAAAGGAUGAAGGACAGGGAAGCGACGAUAUGGACAGUGAAGACGUCGAUGAUGAUAUGGAAGACGAUGCAGAGGAAGAUGUCCGACAAAUGAUGAUGGAUCUCGACGAAGAGGCUCCGCGCAGCAGCCACGGCGACCCGGAUAUUGCGCCGGAGGGAGCCGAAAUGCUCGACAAGCUCAGCAAGAAAAACCGACAAAUGCACCUGCAGGGUACCGUCAACGGCUCCGUGACGGCCACCGAUCGCCUGAUGAAGGAAUUGCGUGAUAUCUACAGGAGCGAGCAUUAUAAGAACAAUGUUUACUCGGUGGAGGUACAGGGCGAAUGUCUGUAUACAUGGCAUGUCCGGCUUCAUAAGGUCGACCCGGAUUCUACCCUACAUCACGAUAUGCAGACGUUGGCCCAUGAACACAAGCAGGACCACCUGCUGUUCGAGUUCAUCUACAACGACAAGUUCCCAUGCGAACCGCCAUUCGUUCGCCUUGUCUCCCCGUCGGUUUCCAAUGGGUUUGUGCUGGGCGGUGGCGCCAUCUGUAUGGAACUGCUGACAAAACAGGGUUGGACGUCGGCGUACUCCGUAGAGAGCGUCAUUCUUCAAAUCGCAGCCACUCUGGUCAAGGGCAAGGCUCGAAUUCAGUUCGAUACAAAGGCUAACUACACGCUCGCCCGUGCUCAGCAGUCCUUCAAGUCACUAGUCCAGAUUCACGCCAAGAGCGGCUGGUACACGCCGCCCAAAGAAGACGGA